AUGAAAGUAGCAGUGGAAAAUGAAUCUUAUAAUGCUAACACACGUGGAAAUGGACAGAUUCGCAGCGGCAAAACUAGUUUGUCUAAGACGAAACAAAUAGCGAAAUCAUUUGAUGCAACAACUACUACUACAUCUUAUCCGAGUACUCUUCUUAAUACUCAAGCACUUAACGUGUGUAUGUAAAU